GAUGUUUAUUUUUACUAAAAUCCAAGGCGGCACAUUAUUAGUCGAAUUUUCUGACUUUUCUUCCCCUCCACCCUCCUUUCCUUCACGAGAAAAAGCCGUAAACACAGGCUGUAAGCGCGACUCCGCCUGGAUCUCAGAGGCUGGAAACUCCUCCCCGGAUCACAUGUGAGGCGAGGAAAAAGGUUCAGGGUCUGCAAUGUGCCUUUGCUUCAUGACAGCUAGUAGUUUUAUUUCAUAAAGUGGUGAACGGCUUCUGAAUGGAUGUUUGUGCUUCCAGCAGAUAGAUUGAGAGUCGUUCACAGGUUCAACCAAGCAGCACGAUGGUGGACUGGGACUAUGACUAUCUGAUCAAGCUCCUGGCGCUCGGCGACUCGGGCGUGGGAAAGACCACCUUCCUCUACAGGUACACGAACGGCAAGUUCAACAGGAAGUUCACGACCACGGUGGGAAUUGACUUCAGGGAAAAGAGAGUGGUUUACACGGGGACCGGUGCUGAUGGGACGAGUGAGAGGAACUUCAGAGUCCACCUCCAGCUCUGGGACACAGCGGGUCAGGAGAGGUUUCGCAGCCUCACAACGGCUUUCUUCCGAGAUGCAAUGGGCUUCCUGUUGAUGUUCGACUUGACCAAUCAGCAAAGUUUUGUUAACGUCAGGAACUGGAUGAGUCAGCUUCAGGCCAAUGCGUACUGCGAUAACCCAGAUGUGGUGCUUGUGGGCACUAAGGCAGACAUCAGAGACACGAGGAACGUUAACGCCAAACUGGCCAGAGAGAUGGCUGACAGAUACGGCAUCCCCUACUUCGAGACGAGUUCUGUGUCGGGAGUGAAUGUGGACGCCGCUGUGCUCACCCUGCUGAACCUGGUGAUGAAGAGGAUGGAGCAGAACACGUAUGGGGCCCCUGGCUCUGAACCCAAUGGGAGCCCCACCGCCAGCCAUGAGGUGGAGGAGGCCCCCAUCAGGAGGUGGUGCUCCUGUUAAUGUUCCCAGCAGCAGCAGCAGUAACGGCGUAAGAGAAACAGACUUUAAAAAGUGUAUAGACAAAGACUUAUUGGAAUUUCCUAUAUUUCUUUUGGUUUCUCUUGUUGUGUUAAGAACAGAAUAAACUACUUUUGUCAGUUUC